GCAAAAGACUCGUACCUGAACAAGUACAAAAGAUGCACCAACUCCCUUUCAUGACGGGCCACUGACGCUGCCAGACGACAGCCCUUUAGCCACCGCUCGCCCAAUUCUGUCGAAGCGUCGCGUUUUGUCUCUUCUUUUGUUUUUUUUUCUUCUCUUCGCACCCCUGCAAAUUCGAGGGGGUUUCUGUAAACAACUGUGGUUCUGUCUGAGGUGCCAUACUCCAAUUGACAACGUCAAUAUGGCAAAAGGCCAACACGCAGCCUCUGCCAGGUCAGAAAAGCAUGGCUACGAGUUUUUCGGACCGCCCGGCGCGUUCGUUAUAUCCACUUGCCUCCCAAUCCUCUCCUACGCGUUCGCACUUCUCUGCAACGACAUCACCGGCUGCCCCGCAACAUCGUUGCUGCAUCCGUCGACGCUGACUUUGGAAAAACUCAAGCUUGAGGUGGGAUGGCAGGGCUGGUCUACGAUCUUCACGUGGAAAGCCUUUGUGGCUAACUUGGGCUGGUUUGGCUUAAGUCUGGUGCUGAAUCGAGUGUUGCCUGCCACGGAGGUUGAAGGCACACAAUUGAGAUCAGGCGGUAGACUAAAGUACAGGUUCAACGCAUUCUACUCCGCCGUCUUCAUCAUGUCCGUUCUGGCAGCUGGCACCAUCGCUCAGGGCGCUGAUUUCGUCGUCUGGACAUUCAUCUACGACAAUUUCGUGCCCCUACUCACAUCGAACAUCAUCCUCGCUUAUGUCCUUGCCACGUACUGUUAUCUCGCUAGUUUUGGUGUGAAGCCGGGCAACAAGGACAAUCGCGAGCUAGCGGCGGGCGGGCAUACUGGUAACAUGCUCUACGACUGGUUUAUCGGACGUGAGCUGAAUCCGCGUGUGAGAAUGCCACUGCUAGGAGAGAUCGAUAUCAAGGCCUGGAUGGAGCUCAGACCGGGCUUGCUUGGCUGGAUUGUGCUCGACUGCGCCUUUGUCGCCGCUCAAUACAGACACUAUGGAUAUGUGACCGACUCCAUUAUUAUCGUGACCCUGGCGCAGAGUAUCUACGUCUUUGACGCGCUGUACAUGGAGCCUGCCAUCCUCACCACCAUCGACAUUAUCAGCGAUGGCUUCGGUUUUAUGCUCGCAUUUGGCGACAUCGCAUGGGUGCCCUUCAUCUAUUCUCUGCAGGCACGCUACCUAUCUGUUCAUCCCGUUUGGCUUGGCUGGUGGAACGUGCUGGUCUUCAGCAUUCUAGGUCUGGGUUACUGGAUCUUCCGUUCUACCAACAAUGAGAAGAACCGUUUCAGAACGAAUCCUAAUGACCCUCGCGUCAAGCACCUCAAGUACAUCCAAACAAAAGCGGGCAGUAAAUUGCUCGUGAGUGGCUGGUGGGGCACGGCGCGACAUAUCAACUACCUCGGCGACUGGAUCUUGUCCUGGUCAUACUCGUUGCCUACUGGCAUUGCAGGCUACCAAGUCUACCGUGGCGCCUCGGCCUUGGCUACAAAGGCCGCUGCCGAAAUCAAGUACGGCCAAAGUCUUCCCCCAGGCGGUCACCAGAUGGUAACCGACGAGCUCGUCAUAGUAGCUCCCGGUGACGCCAGAGGUUGGGGUAUGAUUGUUACCUACUUCUUCAUGUUAUAUUUUGCCAUCCUCUUGAUUCACCGCGAGCGCAGGGACGAGGAGAAAUGCAGCAAGAAGUAUGGCGACGACUGGAAGGAGUAUUGCAGGAGGGUGCCAAGCAGAAUCAUACCCUAUAUAUACUGAUUCUUCUGCUCUGCACGUCCUGUUAUGGAGUCGGUGGCUCAUAGCCCAGCUGGAUUCUUGCCAGAGCUUCCGUGCAGAAACGUAUGGUUUUAUUUUUCGGGCUCGUUCCGGCUGCUGUCUACCUCAUUUCUUGGAGAUUGGCGCAGAAGUCUUACUCAGAAUAUUCGAAUUGUAUUCUUUGAUUCAAAGCGCACAUGAAA